AUUUCUUUCUCUUUUCUUUUCAGUUCAAUGUCUACUUUGUCAUCACCAACAACACCUACUUCACCUACUCCAAAUUUAUUCAACAUUGCACCACCACCUUGGCAUGCCUUAUUGAAAAAGAGCUAUAAUAAGAACUUUUUGUAUAUGGACGAUCCAGUAUUUAUUUCCAUGUCCAAUAUCAAACGGUCAGGUGAAAUAUCGAUGCAUUGUCUUCAGUUCCAAUCAUUUAUAGAAGACGAUGCCAGGUUUUUAAUCUUUCACAUUGCUCUCAAUGAUAACUUGAUGGGUGAUAUUAAGUCUGAUCCUAACGCGCGGUUAUGCUGGACCAUGCCGAAAUCAAAGGAAUAUUACAAGUUUAGUGGCAAAUUCUAUAUUGCUUCAUCACCUUUACAAGUCACUCGAUUUCCUCCACCAAAACCAAUCAAAAGUCAAUUAUCAGCUGCAGAAUUUUGGGAAAAAGAAAGGAAACAACAAUGGAAAUCACUAUCAGAUAAGGUCCGUGCAACUUACACUUGGCCAUCUCGUGGGGAUUGCCCUCGUGCAGGAACUGCUUCAUUCUCUUGUCAAUCAUUAAAAUAUUUUGAUGAACAAACUGGUAACAAUAAAUUGGAUAGUAAUGACAAACUUAAGAUAGUUCAUUCUAUUGCUAUGGACAAUUACUGCUUAUUAGUAUUUAAGGUGACUGAAGUGGAAUAUUUUGAUUAUAAUGGUUAUCCACCAAGACGAAAUUUAUUUUGUUUUUCUAUGAAAGACAAUAUGUGGUCAACUGUUGAAUUGAAUCCAUAAUAUAUUAUUGAAGAUAGUUUAUCAAAUAAAAAAGAUCGGAUUGCUCUUCCUUCAAAGCAAAUAGUUAAAUCUCCG